CAGUUGGCAUGUUGGGGAAAUUGUAAUUUAAAAUUCUGUUUCGGAAAUCUGUCUUUAAAAUUUAUCUUUUAGUAAAAAAUGCGGCACUUGCAAUUAAUGAAAUAUGUAAAUCCACGGUUUGCAAUCAACACCGUUAUUACACAACGCUUAAUGUCAAAGUCUGAUGGAAAAUCUUCUGGUACAGGAUCAAAAGACGCGAAGUGUAAGGAUACUAAAGAUGCAGCGAAGAAAUCUUCUGAUCCAAAGGCCAAGGCUUCCGAUGCGGCAAAAAAAGCCACACCACCUAAAGCAGCUAAGGAAACUAAAGUUACGCCGCCAAAGGACGAAACAGCCAUAUCCGGAGGCUCAAAAUGCCCGCCAAAAGUCCCAUGUGUUGCAGAAACUAAUAAAAAUAAAAAGAAAAAGCAAUCGUGCGAUGAAUUGCUUACAGGUAAAAGUACUCGAAAGCAAAAGAAACCUCUAACGGCGAUCCAAGGAGGGGACCUUGGCUGUCCUGGCCGGACUGGAAAGAAACCACCAAUUGUUGCACAACACGCCAAGGUCUGGCAGAAAAUCUCGCUCUUCGGAGUCCUGCCGAUGAUAGCCAUUCUCACCCUAUUGGUUUUCAGCACUCGGUCGGAAGAGGAGCGUCUUGAGUUUAAGAACUAUGAACAUAUGUACCGGCGGACGAAGCGAUACUGGUUUAAGGAUGGAAACCGCACCGCUUUUCACAAUAGUCACUUCAAUGCUUUGCCUCCAGCCGGAUAUGAGGACGAAGUGGACGAGAGUGGGAUUGGACAGGAGCCGGAGACGGUUAAGGACAAGAAGGCUCGGAUGAAAGAAUUCGACAAGGUCGUCAAGAAUUGGCGCAAACACUCGUCGAAAAGAGAUGCGCAGCUCAAAAAGGAAGCAGCCGCUGCUGAAAAAGAGGCUAGAAAACAAGAGGCACAAUAAGCAAUGGUAAUAUAAAACUCUAAAAAAAUUACCCAAAUUACCCACCAUUAAAUAACCAUGAUCAUUGUUAUUGGAAAAAAUCAAAUUGUCUACCCUAAUAAAAAUUCCGAGUCUGGGA